CACAAUGUUGGUUGCAUUGCAGUGCUAAUGCCCGGCUAGUCACGAGUGCGUUAAAAGUUGCAUUUGAGUCAUAAUUUGUGAAUUUUCUUAGUUUAACGGAUUUAUUUGUGCCAUUGAUAAACAGUGAGAAUAUGAAUACCAUAGAUAUAGUGAACGAGUUUUUAGACGACUUACGCGGCGGUAGAAUGGUCGACACGCCAACAGUUCGAGUGGAGCAGGGCCAGCUGCAGGGCAAGCUUGUCAACGGGCCCUCGGGUAAGGGGUUCUACAGCUUCCAGGGAAUACCUUAUGCUGCACCACCGCUCGGAUCCUUGAGGUUUAAGGCCCCUCAGCCACCGCAACCGUGGGACGGAGUCCGCGACGCUACAGCUGAAGGCAAUGUCUCCGCCCAAAUUGACCAAAUACUCUGCACCCCAUACACUGGCGAUGAAAACUGCCUAUUCCUUAACGUAUACACCCCGAACUUAGAUGGUGAAUUCUUGCCAGUCAUGGUCUAUAUACACGGAGGCGCUUUCCUCUUCGGUUCCGGUAAUUCUUCCCUUUAUGGUCCCGACUAUCUCGUUGAAAAGGAUGUCGUCGUUGUCACAGUUAAUUACAGAUGCGGUGCACUCGGAUUCCUUAGUUUAAAUACCCCAGAAGUUCCCGGAAAUGCUGGAUUAAAAGACGUCAUUCAAGCCCUUAGGUGGGUGAAGCAGAAUAUCAAAAACUUUGGCGGUAAUUCUGGUAACAUCACCGUCUUUGGUGAAAGUGCUGGAGGGGCAAUCACUUCUAUAUUAGCCGCUAGUCCCCUAUCUAAAGGUUUAAUCAGCAAGGUAAUAGCUCAAUCCGGAACGGCUUUAUGCAGUUGGUCCAUACAGAUUGAUCCAAUCAUGAAUGCAAAGAAAUUAGCCAAAGAACUAGGCUGUGGUUCGACUGAUCUGGGUGAUAUUUUAGAGUUUUUAUUGACCACGCCAGUUAAAGACAUCGUCGAAGCCAACACAAAUUUAGAUCCUGUAAGUGGGCUAUUCCAAAAGGGGCACGUAAUGUUUUCUCCAGUUGUAGAAACUGAAUUUCCCGGAGUGGAAUCAGUGAUGACUCAAUCGUUUCUAGAUAGCAUUACUUCUGGUAAAGUCGCAAAAAUUCCUAUCAUGGUCGGUACCACAACUCUAGAAUGUAUCACAGAAAAGGUUGACGUACCAAUAUACCUUGCUAAUCAGCUGAAUGUUACCAAUCCGGCAGAUGUAAAAACAAUUGAAGGUAAAGUUAAAGAAUUAUACUUCAAAGAUUCUGAAGGUUUGCAAGAAUCGUCGUUACUUGUAUCGGAUUUGCUAAUUAAUUAUGGAGCACAUAGAUUGGUCACAAACUUGGCAAAGGUGUCUGAUCAGCCAAUUUACUUCUACAAAUUUGAUUAUGUUGGGGAAAUGAAUUUGUCAAAUUCGCUCCCAACGAGCUUAGGUGUUAAACAUGCUGGACAUUUGGAUGAGCUGGGGUACCUCUUUAAGACUGAUCUGCUGAAAGACGUGAAACCGACUCCUCAAGACCUCACCAUCAGGGAACGGAUGGUCAGGGUGUGGACCAACUUUGCUAAGUCUGGUAAUCCAACAUCUGAAGACAACUUCUACCUGGCGGUAACUUGGAAACCGGUUACAAAAGAUAAUUUGUAUUAUCUCAACAUCAAUAGUGAGCUUUCUGUAGGUACCAACCCCGAUAAAGAUAGAAUGAUCUUAUGGGAUGAUAUUUACGCAAAGUACUACAAACCACGCCAACAAUUUGUUAACGAAAUCCAAGCCACGGCGGAUGUUGUUGACUCAACGCCCGUGAUUGUACAAGAAACGGUAAUUCAAACAAUCGUUAACAACGAACCGGCUAAAAAUGUUGUCGUUGUUGAAGAAACAAAAACGAAUCUAGCCGAUUUCGAGAAAAAGGUUGAAGAAAUCAAAAGUGCUAUGGACGAUGCGUUGGCUCAAAACGGCACUGAAACCAUAAAUAUCGUUCAAGAAGAAAUUAAAGAGAAUUCUCUAAGUAAGCUGAUUGAGAAUUCAGAAGGUGAAGAGAUCAGAUCCGUUCGCGAAAUAGUAACCAUUUAUAAAGAAACGCAGUCGAAUGGCGUUGAUGAACAUAAACUAAAUGGGAACGCUGAUAAGAAACCUCGUCCGUCCAACGAAAUUAAAAUGGUUCAAAACAGCAAUACCGACCCUAAAGACGUGAUUAGAGCCAACGACCCACCGGAAGACGAUUUGCCCAAAAACAUUGGCGUAAACAAAUUCGUAAACUUCUUUGAAUCGCUCGGUAAAAAGUGAAGAAUGUUCGUUCCAUGAAUUUACGCCUAUUUCACUACCAUUAAGUAUAUGCAAUUUGAUAGAUCCAUUUCUUUUUGAACUGAUAUAUCUUUCUAAUGCGUCAUUAACGUAAUUGACGCGAUAUUAUAAUAAAUUUUCAAUUUAUCUCUGGAAUAAUUAGAAAGUGCCAAAAAUCUAGUCUGUCGAUUGACUUAGAUCAUCGGGCCAAUAAGCUUGUAAUAUUGCUAUCCCUUACAAUUUCAACAACAUUGUAGGAGAUAGAUAACCUAUCUCGAAAAUCUAAAUAUUCCUAUAGGAGUUAUGUAAUUAUUAAAUGAUGGCAACACUAUCCAUAGAUUAAUAAGUAGUUAACUAUAAACAGUUUGACUUAAGUGUUGUGAAAUGGGUUCCAAAUAUAAAUAAUGAUAGGUUAGGGUGUAAAGUUAUAGGCGCCAUUUCUGAAUUUAAAAAAUAUUCCAUUUGAAACUUGUAAUAAUCAUUUUUUAUUUAAUUAACAUUCCUUAGUGUAUUUAAUUGUAAUUUUUGCAUUUAAACACAUCGAAAUAUUUGACAUUAUCAUUCCAAUUUUGAAAUCAAUAUUUAAAUUUAACUUUUUAUUGGUGUUGCUAGUUUUUAGAAGUUUCCCAAUUUUUAAUGAUUGUAUGAGUGAUGUCUAGUGCCUUUAUAUUUUAGCAUUUUAAUUUUAUUUUGCCUUUACUUCAUAUUUUUGUUUUCAUAUAUAUUUAUAUUUAGAAGAUUGCAUUAAUUUAAAACGACGUGGUCGUAUUUUUAUGUACAUGAAAAUAUCAUUAUAUUUUAUACAGCUUUUAAGAUAUAUUUUGUUUGGAAAAUAAAUGUUAUCUUUUAGAAAAGAAUGAAGCUUUUAGUCUUUAAAUUUCGUAUGUUUUUACCUUAACACAUUCCGGAAAGAAUAUAGAUAUAUACAACAUAUUUACUUCCAUUAUAUUAUCUUCGUCACUUUAUCUUAGCACGUCGUUAGAUUAUAUUAUUAGCAGUUUUCCGCAUAUUUAAUAUGAAGUCAAUAAUGUCAUUCAACUGCCAAGAUAUUGUGACCGAAUUUUGCAAUCAUGAUAUUUUUUUUAAAAUUUGCUUUAUGUAGAUACAUUCUGUGCCAAUACUAUCAUUUUUGUUAAUUUAAGUUGAACAAGAUGUGUAUUUUUAUAUAAUUAUUAUGAAUA